AUGUUCCGUUCCGCUGCCCGAUGGGUGCGGAAAGUUCGCAGGACAGAUCCAUCUCGGACCUGGCAGAGCUUCCGCGAUGCAAAGGUCAUCAACCCGUUCGCAGAGUACCAGUGGACUUCGCAACCAUAUCCGGACUACAACAUGCCCAGGGUAGCAGAUGAUGCCCGGCCUCACCGGACGCUCAAAGCUAUAAGCCAUCAUGAUGAGAAGGGAUGGUGGCACAUCAUCGAUGCCAAAGGAAGAGAUGUUGGCAAGCUUGCGGCCUUUGCAUCCCAACUUCUUCAGGGAAAGCACCGCUGCGACUAUGCGCCAGAUCGGGUAAAAGGUGAUUCCGUCAUAAUCGUGAAUGCAAUCCACUUGCAUUUCCCUGGCCAUACCUGGGACACAAAGAUCUACAGAUUCUACCGAAACAGAAAGACGGAUCCUCGAGGACCCAAGGUCGUCACAGCUACCAGAUUGAUGAUGUUGAACCCUUCAAUCGUUAUCUCGCAGGCAGUCAAGGGCAUGUUGCCGAAAAACCUUUUGCGGCCGAACUGGCUGCGAAGGUUGUACUGCUAUCCGGGAGCCAUCCAUCCGCACUGGGGAAUCCCGCAGGUGAUUGUGCCGGCUCAAAGAGGGCCCGAACUUUCCCCGGAUGCAUUCACUGUACAGGAUGCCGAGGCCCCGGAUUCCAUACCGGACAAGUGA